UUAGAAAGUAUUGGAGAAAAAGAUGAUCCUGGAUUACCAAUUAACUGUCCUUAUAGAUUAGCUUUGAAAUUAUCCAACAUCGCUGAAAAUCAUAUGGGAGGAUCGACCGGGGCUCUUUAUAGUAUGUUUCUAACAUCUGGUGCUGCAAGUUUGAAACAGGAUAUAAGUCGAGUGUCUUGGUGUCGAGCUCUAGAGCAAGGAAUAAACGCCAUCAAAAAAUAUGGUGGUGCCGAAGAAGGUGAUAGAACUAUGGAAUUUAGAUGUAUCAGUAGCCAUCAGCGAAAAUUAAGACAAAUAUAUACCCCUUUGUUAAAUAUUUUUUUUGUUUUGCAGACAGCGACAGAGAAAGCACAAGCCACGUCAUCUAUGAAAGCACAGGCUGGAAGAGCGAGUUAUGUUAGAUCAGAUAGACUCACACAACCAGACCCCGGAGCCACAGCAGUGUCUAUCUGGAUAAAAGCACUUGUAGAAACCUUUAAGAUAUAUAGCAGUUGA